CUCUACCGGCGUGAAAGAAGCGACAGGACGCCUCCAAGACUCCGUUGUCCACCCCGCCCAGCCUUCCAGCUCGACCUUUGCUGGCUUUCUUCCCUACGGCCGGAGCGCCAGCCUCUCCGGCCCCAACGACCACGACGACGACACCAUGGCCGACAACAGUAACAGUUCCUUCCCGGGUACCAACCCGUUUCUGCACACCGACUUUUCCACCAGCAUAAAGGGCGAUGCCCACAGCUCGCCCUUCCAGAAAAUUGAGGAGGAGGAUGAGUUCGAGGUGACGUCACCCACCGAUGCCACUUUCAAGAGGUCGAAUGCCGGUGAUAAUAGCACCGGCGGCGGCGUCUUCUUCAAAGGUGAUGCCUUUGGUGGCGGUAGUGGUGGUGGUGGUGGUGGUGGUGGGAACGGUAAUCACUCGUUGUUCAGUCGGAGUCCCUUUGACCAAAGCCCCAACGAAGGCAGCCCGUCGGAGCCUUCCCGUCCCACGGGGGCGGCCGCCGGCCAAGGGUUUCCAAACAAUUACGCUCUAGGCCGUCGUACCUCGGUGUCUGCGGAAUCACUGAAUCCGACAUCCGCCGGCUCGGACAGCUGGACGCCGCCCUUCCACGUCAAGAGCGAGGAGCAGCUGUCGCGCCUGAAGACGGCUGUCAGCAGCAACUUCCUGUUUGCCCACCUGGAUGACGAGCAGUUCAAGACGGUGCUGGACGCGCUGGUCGAGAAGCCCAUCCCUGCCAAGGACAUCAAGGUCAUCACGCAGGGCGACGCGGGUGAUUUCUUCUACAUUGUCGAGGAUGGCCAUUUUGAUAUCUACAUCCACCCGUCGGGCGCCGCGCAACCCGGCCCCGACGGCCUGGGCAACAAAGUCAGCACGAUCGCCCCCGGCGGCUCGUUCGGCGAGCUGGCGCUGAUGUACAACGCCCCGCGCGCGGCAACGGUCAUCUCGGUCGAUCCCAAGAGCACGCUGUGGGCUCUCGACCGGGUCACCUUCCGGCGGAUUCUCAUGGACUCGGCCUUCCAGCGACGCCGCAUGUACGAGGCCUUCCUGGAGGAGGUGCCUCUGCUGGCCAGUCUGAAACCCUACGAGCGCUCCAAGAUCGCCGACGCCCUUGACACAAUCAAGUUUGCCGCGGGAGCCACGAUUAUUACCGAGGGCGACCCGGGCGACGCGUUCUACCUGCUGGAGGCUGGCGAGGCUGACGCCGUCAAGGAAGGGGUCGACCGCCCCGUCAAAUCGUACCGCCGCGGCGACUACUUUGGCGAGCUUGCCCUGUUGGACGACAAGCCGCGCGCGGCCAGCAUCGUCGCCAAAACGGAGGUGAAAGUCGCCCGGCUGGGACGCGACGGCUUCAAACGUUUACUCGGGCCGGUGGAGGAAAUCAUGCGACGCGCUGAAUAUGAGAAACCUGAAUAGAGAGGUUCUUGUGUUUUUUCUUCUUCCUCUUCUUCUUCUUCUUCUUUGCAGCAGACACUUGUCUACAGUAUAUGUAGUUUCUAUAUA